UGAUCAAUACAAGAAAUAAUAAUGAGAGACUCUUCAAUCAGAAAAGGAGGGAGACACUACAAGAAAUCUGAAGCUCCCCGGAUGCGGUGGACACCAGAUCUUCAUAAGCGAUUCGUGGAAGCUAUCGAUUGCCUCGGCGGAAAACACAGAGCUACACCAAAGAGAAUCCUACAGGUGAUGGGUGUGAAGGGACUAAUGAUAGCUCAUGUAAAAAGCCAUCUUCAGAUGUACAGAUGCAUGAAGAAAGGAACCAAAAUUAAUUACGUCUUAUAUGCCUGUCCUUCGGGUAAUGGAAGAACAGAUGAUAAUGAUCUCAAUAGAUUUUAUCAAUGCAAUAUAGAGGAGAAUCCUCAUUCUAUCUCUAUCUGUACACACAGUUCUCCCCCACAAAGGCCCUUAGGGGUUCAAUCAACAGAGAGGGAAUCUGAAAGGGUUGCUUUUGAAUAUGAUAAUUUAUCAAGAGAAAGCAAUGAGGUCCUCCUGACUCAAGAAGAUAGUACAGAGAGCAAUGAAAAUCAGAUUACACAAGGGAGCUCAAUUUGUGGGACGUCCAAGAGAGAAGAUAUUGGUCACCAAAGAGAAAGUUAUGAGUUAUUAUCAUUGAAAAGAGGUGAAAAAGGAGAAUUGUGGCCUUUAGACUGUAACUCACUUGAGGAAAGUAAUAUAAAUCUAGAACUAACCAUCUCAACAUCUUCCUCAUACACUUAACUAGAAACUGAGAUUAGUGCUCUUGUAUACAGUAAUCUACUGCUGAUCACAAUCUAGAUGAUAAAUUUUGUUGUUCUCUAUAA